UGUUGUGAGUGAAUUUGUUGAAUGGGGACCACUUCGAUGUGUCAGUUGAAACUGAACCGUACAUUGACGUUUCGGAAUGGUGAAAAUAGUAUCUGCGUUGAACAUAACCUCAAAAAAUUUUAUAAACAAAUUCUUCUUGGUUUCGGAACAAAAAUGUUAUUCAACAGACUUGGACGAGGAAUUCUGACAAUUGCCAACGGUCGGCACCAAAAUUAUAGGCAGAUUUUUAAAUUUGGAGGAAGCACUGACACCGGAGUUUAUCAAGUGGUUCGUCCAGGCAAUGUUUCUCCGUACUUACGAGAUGUACCCGAUAAAAUUGAGAGACCAUCUUAUACUUAUGCACAAGAUAUACCCGAUCUGUUUCAAUCAUACAAAAAUGAAAUCAAAUUGCCGAAUGCUGUCGAUGCAAUGAGGGAGAGUUGCAGAUUAGCAGCUAACAUACUGGAUAAAUGCGGCCAAAUUCUAAAGCCUGGUGUAACAACAGAAGAAAUAGACGAAUUUGUACAUGAACAAACCAUAGCAUCGAAUGCGUAUCCUUCGCCACUUUUAUAUUGUGGAUUCCCAAAAUCGGUGUGCACCUCGGUAAAUAACGUUGUAUGCCAUGGAAUUCCAGACGAUCGACCAUUGGUCGAUGGAGAUAUCAUCAAUGUUGAUAUUACCGUAUUUUAUAAUAACUAUCAUGGCGAUUGCUCUAGAACAUUUUUGAUUGGAAAUGUUGAUGCGUUAGGUCGACAUUUGGUAAAAGUGACCGAGGAGUGUCUGCACAAAGGAAUUGAAGCUUGUGGACAAAAUGUGCCAUUCAAAGAAAUUGGAGCUGCAAUCGAAGAUCAUGCAUUACAAAAUGGUCUUGAAGUAAUCAAAGAAUUCAUUGGCCAUGGCAUCGGCACUUAUUUCCAUGGGAAACCCGAAAUUAGUCAUUAUCGAAAUACAUACGAUGGCGUGAUGAUGCCGGGAAUGACGUUCACAAUCGAGCCAAUUUUAUGCCUAGGGAGGCCAACAUUUAAAGUUCUUGAAGAUCAAUGGACAGCCGUAACAAAGGAUAAUUCACGGACGGCGCAAUUCGAGCACACAAUUUUGAUAGCAAAGCAUGGUGUGGAAAUAUUGACGCUACCAGACUCGCAUGAAAAGUCCGAUGCGAAAAAGAUUGCCAAAUAAGCUAGUUAACAAAAAUUCAUUUCAAAUUGUUGCUCAUGUUAUUGUAACUGCGUCUGAAAGGGUGCUAUAAAAAGUGAUUUAUUUAUGAAAUAAAUUAAUUGGAAAUAUAUGCAUGGGGAUGUAUGUGGUACCGUUGCACGAGCUAAUUAACUGCGUCAAAGCGAAUUAUUUAAAUGAAUCUGAAUAAUUGUUAUGCGUGAAAUUGGAUCGAAAUAGAUCGAUUGGAAUACAAUCUUGCGUGUUUUUUGUAUCUGCUUUUUCUUUCGAUGGCGAUGUUGUUGUUGCCGAUGAUGGUUGAGCCAUUUAAGUUGAUGGAAUGUCAUUAAACCGCAUAUUAAAUCGUUGAUAUUGCAAUCUCCAUGCCGCUGUCGGCUGAUGAACUCCAUAUAUGAACCGCUUAGUUGUGCUUUCAAUAAACACCAGACACAAUUGACAAGAGAAGAUGUGAGUGGAUGAGGGGAAAAACAACGUCAAAAUAAGUUGCAAACGUCGCACAUUCUUUUUUUUUAAAUCAUUCUUCCGCAUUAGAAAACUCAUUAAGUGUAGAAGAUGCACCGAGUGUCGUCUUUUAUAUUCGCUAUUCGCGAUGGUAAUACAAUUUUCUCUUAUAAUUUAUUAAUUACGGGCUCAUCAAUAUUCAGCACUUUGUGUCGCACUCUCAAGCCGUUGGAUUGAAGCGAUUGUAAUCAAUUUCGUUUUUUUUUUCAUUAUUACCUUAUCUUAUUGGAACAAAGGAAAAGUGUCGCCGCGAUACAAUCGACUGUUUUAUGCUCUCUACGGAUUUAAUUUAUUCAAGUGAAUGACAAGGGUCAAGCGAUCAUUCAUAUUAUACAUAAUUCGUUCUAUCUAAUAAAAAAGAGUACACCUUUUACAACACAAAGACCCAAUAAUUUACGAAUUGAAAAUGACCACUUGCUAAAUGGCUUUCGAGUGCAAAUGAGCUCAACGUAUGGAUUCAGACCGAGAAACACUCGAUCUCCAAACGUUUCGAUGCGUUUCGCCGCACAAAAAUUAAUAUUAUUAAUUUAAAACCAUUCAAGAAAGUGGUGAUUUUGUAUUCACAUUACCAUGUCCUUUCUCUCUUGCAGUCGCCUUGAAGUGCUUUCGGUUCUGCGAUGAAUGAUAAUGAUGAUGACGUUGACGAUGAUCGUUUGAAAGCAAGACGAAUGAACGGUUUUGCUCAAUCGAUGGAAAUCGAAUCGAAAUGCAGCUUCCCAUUCCAAAUUGUGCAGCACAUGUCCAUAAAGUGUUAAGAUGGGUUUCUUUUGUUGCAAAAGCGUAACAGAUCUAUGGCAAAAACUGUAGCACGGAUAAUAACUGGUUCAAUGUAGAUACUAAAAAAGCCCUGUAUAAUUAAUUAUACAUUCAUUUUUCGAACGUUUUUGGCCAAGGCAAGAACAAAACGUUGAUGUACAUUGUAGUUUUUUAUGGCUGUUCUAAUGAAAAAAAAUCCGAAAUGUGCAAUGCAGUCAUCGUGUUAUUCGCCACCGCCGCUGCUACUGUUUUUGCUGUUGUCGUUGCUGCUGCUGCUGCUGCUGCUGCCGUCAUUGGUUAAAUGCGUUUGCCAGACAAAACAAAAAAGUGUGUGCAUGAAAGCAAAGACAGAAAGCACAAAAGCAACCACCAAAUGGAAUGUAUUGGUUAUGCGAUGCAGGUUCUGCAUUCGUAAUUUCAAAAUGCACUCCCUAUUUGUAAAUCGUGUAAAUACCGAUCGUUAACUACUGUAAUCAAGUGGCGAGUCAAAUGUAUACACGUCGUCGUCGUCGUCAUCUCUUGCUGCGGUGCUCAAUGUUUCCUUUUUUUGCAUACAGAACGAUUUGAUGAAUGCAUUUAUGCCCAUCACUUAAUGAAACGCUUCUGCAUUGAAAAUGAUUUUUAUUGCGGCCAUAAAUAAAAUGGUUCAAUCUAGCGCUCAGGCACGAUCACAACACAGCACACUUUCGGAAUGGCAUGCGUGGACCAGAAAGUUUGUGCUCAUUGUCAUCAAUAAUAAGGUUUUCGUGAUAUUCUCACAUUCGAUUCAUAAAAUGCUACCAUUCGUGCAAUGCCAAAGAGGCUAUAACUGAAUCGCUGCGAAUAAGUACCCAAAUUACAAUUUGCAACAGGAUGUGCUAUUGAUUUCAGCAUAUCGGAUAUCGACGCAAAUACACAAUCGUUGAUGCAGAAUUUUUGAAAAUUGAAUGAAAAUGCAGAGCUUCGUUGUAAAUAGAAUAUAUUGUGGUCACUGACCAGCACUUUUACGAAUAGAAAUCCUUACCUAAUGAAAACAAUUAGCUAAUCUGCUCAAGUGAGUAAAGAGAAUUUUCAAAUACAUGACCUGCAAUUAUUUCUUGCAUGAAAGCC